AUGGUCCAGUUUCACCUAGCUGCGGUCGGUCAUUGCAGUGGGCGUCUGACCAAAGAGAACACGGGCACUCAGAACAGUAGUACAGACCUACAGCGGUCCCGUAAACUGAUCCACCAAUGGGCCAUAGUCACAACUAGUCCUCCACAAACCAUCCGCAAACCAUCCGCACCUUCAACCAGCGACUGGUGCCUCCGUCUGCAUCCCAUCACUACGGUUACCAUUUCCCAUCUUUGA